AUGCCCCCGUCUGCGACAUACGCCCGCGCGGCCUUCCGCCAGGCCACCUUCGCCUCGCAGGCCCGCGCCGCCUUCGGCCGCACCUACGGCUUCCAGUUCCACAACGCCGCCGGCCGCCGCUUCCAGAGCACCGCCGCCCCCGAGGCCGAGGCACAGGCUCAGACCUGGUUCCAGCGCAUGUGGAACAGCCCUGUCGGCCUCAAGACCGUCCACUUCUGGGCACCCGUCAUGAAAUGGGCUCUCGUCAUCGCCGGCAUCUCUGACCUCGGACGCCCCGCCGAGAAGCUGUCCGCCACCCAGAACGCCGCCCUCACGGCCACCGGCCUCAUCUGGACGAGGUGGUGCCUGAUCAUCAAGCCCAAGAACUACCUGCUGGCCGCCGUCAACUUCUUCCUCGGCAUCGUCGGUGUCGUCCAGUGCACCCGCAUCUUCAUGUGGCACCAGUCGCAGAAGAACAAGACUCUGCCUGAGAAGGUCGAGGAGGUCAAGGAGGAGGUCAAGGAGGCUGUCAAGGCUUAA